GAUCAAAGAGCACGUUUAUGAAUCCUUAUGCGAUCUACACCCAGAAACAACCACGUCUUUAGUUCAUUCCGCCGCCAGCGAGGUUGUUGCCAAAUGCACCCCGCAAGAUUUGAAAUUAAACAAGAUUUUCACCGUUGCUGCUGUCGUGACCAAUGUUUCGGCAUUGGUGAUUGGACAUGUGUUGGAUAAUUUUGGACCUAAAGUGUGCGGUUUGAUCGGUGCCGGGUUCCUCUACUUGGCUAGUUUUGUAUUCAUCUAUGCCAAGCAAUUGCAAAUGUCCCCCUUUUGGUCAUUGUGGUUCGAUCCGUAUUUGAUGGGAUACAGUUUUUUGGCAUUGGGAGGACCAUUCACGUUCAUUUCGUCGUUUCAGCUUUCGAAUUCGUUUCCUGAACGCAGUGGAACAAUCUUGGCCAUGCUCACUGGAGCUUUUGAUGCUUCGAGUGCGGUGUUUUUGCUCUACCGAAUUUUGUACAAUAAAUCGCAUGGGGAAUUCACCUUGGAUACGUUUUUCCGCGUGUAUUUACUAGUACCAAUAUUCAUCACGAUUGCCCAGUUGACAGUGAUGCCUAGUGAGUCUUAUCAGACGAGCUCCGAGUUUGUUGGAUUGGUCGAUGGUGGUGGGCAGGAAACAAAUGCUACUGACGAAGUUGCUGCAACAGAUGUAAAUGAAGAGUCAGCUUUGUUGCCCAAUGAAACUGAAAGACCGCAUAGAAGAGAUUCCAUCGGUGACGCAUUGAAGCACCCAUAUGAGGAAGAAGAGUAUUUGAUCAAACACAGCGGUGAUCCAGUAGUAGGAAUACUCCACGGCUAUUCAGCCCAGUAUCAAAUCAAAACCUUUUGGUUUUUAUUGAUUUGUUUGUUUAGUACGGUGCAGAUGUUGAAAAUCAACUACUUUGUUGCUACGGUUGCCAGUCAAUACCAGUACAUUUUCCAAUCAACUGAAUUGGCUGCUAAACUCAACAAGUUUUUCGAUGUGGCGUUACCGUUGGCAGGUGUCAUUUGCGUGCCUCUCAUUGGUAUCUUGCUCGACAACUACUCGUCACUACUUGUUAUAUCGACACUCUUAUCAAUCUCGGUCUUGAUUAGUGUCUUGGGGUUCUUUUCCCACUACGUAUUGGCCAUCAUUGGCGUUUGUUUAUUUGUGGGGUAUCGUCCCAUGUUUUACACAGUGAUAUCCGAUUUAUGUGCCAAAGUUUACGGGUUUGAAACAUUUGGUACUGUUUACGGAUUGAUUAUGACGAUUAGUGGGGUGUUUAAUUACGGACAAAGUUACUUGGACGAAUUGACCCAUACUGUUUUCCAAAUGGACCCAAUGCCAGUGAAUUUGAUGUUGGCGUUGGUUACACUCCUUGUUGGAGGACUUACGGUGGGAUAUGUAUAUGUGGAGGGUACAAGAAGGAUUAAGAAGAACAUUGCGGUACUUCAAAGAGAGUAG